AUGGGGGUACCACCGGAGUUAAUGAGAGUCGUUGAUGAGACUAAUUAUAUGAGUGAAAAAUUAUUUGUUCGGGUCGCUGAUUCUGAUCAUUUGCCCUUUUAUGGGGGUCAUCCCUCUUCUGGGGAUUGGGAAAACGGCGUCCCUUCGGCGUUUCAGUUGGCGCAAGGGAGGCCCUUUUGGGAAAGGAUGAGUGGAGGGGGACUGAAUAAGCUGUUUAAUGAAGCGAUGGCCAGUGACACCUGGCUGGUGGGGAGGGUGGUGGUGAGCGAGUGCCGGGGAGUGUUCGAGGGGAUGAAGUCGGUGGUGGACGUGGGCGGGGGCACGGGGACUUUGGCUAUGGCCAUCGCGCGGGCGUUCCUGGCUGUGAGGUGCACGGUGCUUGACCUGCCGCACGUGGUUGAGGGCUUGCAAGCGCAGCAGCAGCAGUGGUGUGAGAAUUUGCAGUUUCUUGGAGGAGACAUGUUUGAGGCUAUUCCACCCGCGGAUGCUGUAUUACUUAAGUGGAUAUUGCAUGAUUGGAGCGAUGACGAGAGUGUGAAAAUACUAAAGCGAUGCAAAGAGGCCAUUCCUAGUAAAGAAAAGGGAGGGAAGGUGAUAAUAAUUGACAUGACAUUAAUGGAUCAGAGCCUGCAGAAAGGAAGAUUAUCAUCAUCAAACAAUGAUAAUGAUGAUGAGCGGUCUCAGUCUGUGGAAACCCAACUAUUCUUUGAUGUGCUGAUGAUGACUUUGCUUACUGGGAAAGAGCGGACUGAGAAAGAAUGGGCAAAACUCUUCUGCGAUGUUGGCUUCAGUGACUACAAGAUCGCCCCCGUCUUGGGUUUAAGAAGUCUCAUUGAGGUUUAUCCCUAA